UCCCAAACGGUUCCCAGGCGAACCGGGGCCCGCGCGCGCCAACGCCGCCGAGACCCUCAGGGACUGCGGUCCUGGUCCCGUGGGACCUGUGGAGGCCCGGGCGGCGGCGCCCCCGACCCAGCCAGCGGACGGAGCGGGGGGGAACCGGGAGGUCCCGGGGGGCGUCCACGGGGGUGUCCCCGGUGGUCCCCGGAAGGCGCCGGCGGAGGCUCCCGCGCUGCGCUUGAAAAUCGCGCGCUGUCCCGCGGCCAGCCUGGGUGGGGUCAAGGUGCAGCCAAUGGAAGGGUCGGGGGCACGGCACAGCCAAUGGGAAGGGCCGGGGCGCCAAAGCGAAUGGGAAGGGCCGACGGGAGAUUUAAAGGCUGCUGGACCCAGGGGUCGCCUGUGCUUCGCGUCCCAGCCAUCCUGUUCUGGCCUGUGGCUGUACUUCGCUGCGCCGCCACUAUGCUCUCCGUCCGCAUCCCGCUCGCGCCCAUCACGAACCCGCAGCAGCUGCAGCUCUCGCCGCUGAAGGGGCUAAGCCUGGUCGACAAGGAGAACACGCCGCCAGCCCUGAGCGGGGCCCGCGUCCUGGCCAGCAAGACCGCGAGGAGGAUCUUCCAGGAGCCCGGAGACCCAAAAACUAAAGCGGCUGCCCCCGGCGUGGAGGAUGAACCGCUGCUGAGAGAAAACCCCCGCCGCUUUGUCAUCUUCCCCAUCGAGUACCACGAUAUCUGGCAGAUGUAUAAGAAGGCGGAGGCUUCCUUCUGGACCGCCGAGGAGGUGGACCUGUCCAAGGACAUUCAGCACUGGGAAUCCCUGAAGCCCGAGGAGAGAUAUUUUAUAUCCCAUGUUCUGGCUUUCUUUGCAGCAAGCGAUGGCAUAGUAAAUGAAAACUUGGUGAGUUUCUCAAAUAUCUUUCGUUCAUUUGACAUUGACGAUCUGAGGUCGAACUAGUUCGCUCUCCUGGUCUUGUACGUUUUUCCAUUUUUCCAUGCUGAGGAAUUUCUCUUCAAUGCCAUUGAAACGAUGCCUUGUGUCAAGAAGAAGGCAGAUUGGGCCUUGCGCUGGAUUGGGGACAAAGAGGCUACCUAUGGUGAACGUGUUGUAGCCUUUGCUGCAGUGGAAGGCAUCUUCUUUUCUGGUUCUUUUGCAUCGAUAUUCUGGCUCAAGAAACGAGGACUGAUGCCUGGCCUCACAUUUUCCAAUGAACUUAUCAGCAGAGAUGAGGGUUUACACUGUGAUUUUGCUUGCCUGAUGUUCAAACACCUGGUACACAAACCAUCAGAGGAGAGAGUAAGAGAAAUAAUUAUCAAUGCUGUUCGGAUAGAACAGGAGUUCCUCACUGAGGCCUUGCCUGUGAAGCUAAUUGGGAUGAAUUGCACUCUAAUGAAGCAAUACAUUGAGUUUGUGGCAGACAGACUUAUGCUGGAACUGGGUUUUAGCAAGGUUUUCAGAGUAGAGAACCCAUUUGACUUUAUGGAGAAUAUUUCACUGGAAGGAAAGACUAACUUCUUUGAGAAGAGAGUAGGCGAGUAUCAGAGGAUGGGAGUGAUGUCAAGUCCAACAGAGAAUUCUUUUACCUUGGAUGCUGACUUCUAAAUGAACUGAAGAUAUGCCCUUAUUUUGCUGAUUUUUUUUCCAUCUCAUAAAGAAAAUCAGCUGAAGUGUUACCAACUAGCCACACCGUGAAUUGUCCAUAAUGUUCAUUAACAGCAUCUUUAAAACUGUGUAGCUACCUCACAACCAGUCCUGUUUAUGUAUAGUGCUGGUAGUAUCACCUUUUGCCAGCAGGCCUGGCUGGCUGUGACUUACCAUAGCAGUGACAAUGGCAGUCUUGGCUUUAAAGUGAGGGGUGACCCUUUAGUGAGCUUGGCACAGCAGGAUUAAACAGUCUUUUAACCAGCACAGGCAAUUGAAAGAUGCAGCCUCACUGCUUCAACGCACAUUUUAAUGUUUACUUAAAUAUAAAACUGGCACUUUACAAACAAAUAAACAUUGUUUGUACUCACACGG